GCAGUGGAAAGGAUAGAAUCAAAGGAAGGAGGGGAGAUGGCUGAACUGAAGACGCUCAUUGGCCUAAGUCAUGAUCACAAACUGGGGCGAACUCGUAAAUUUACAUUCAGCAACAGAAGACGGAAUUGGUGGGAUACCGGCCCCGGCUGACAUGUGCUUACAGCUGUUUCAAUAACUAGUUAGAAACCGCGGGGCUGAAAUUCUACUCUUAUCCAAAUCUUUUCCCCCCCCUUCUCUGAGUCCUACCUACCUACAUUACAACUACCUUUUAAUAUAAUACUUAGAUAUCUUAGUGAAUUGAAGAUUAAUAUAUAUUAAGUCACUUCUGCGCUUUGUUUUUUUAAUAUAAUAUCAUAUUAAUAGACUUAAUUUGAUUUCCUUAGAACUAGGAGUUUCGGUCUCCAUCUUCCGAAGAUGCUCCCGUCUCGGAGGACGACCUGAUUCGAGUCAUGACACAGAACGGAACUGAUAUAAUCGAGAACAAACCCUGCUCUUGGCCUCCUGUUGACAUGAACGCGUCACCGUUCGAACGACGAGAUUGGGUUGCAAAUGAUGAGGACCACGCAUGUGCAGAACUGGAUCAUAUGAUAGGUCAACAGCACGUCCGUUUUGCUUCUUGGGGUGCAGUUUGUCGCGGUACUCGUCGUCGUAUCAGAUGUCGUGCUUACACACCUGAUUUUAUGAACGAUCCAGAGGACACGAUAGUAGCAUUCCCUGAUUGCACCGGCGUAUAUACCUGCCGUGAAGAGCCUCUACGGCUGACUACAUUCGGUGACGAGAAGCCAUCUACGUCGUGUGUUGUUACUAAACAGCUUAGUACAUGGUCUAUCAACAAAGGUCUCAUAGGCGAAAAAUGCUUAAACAAAUUUCGAUACCCUUCAGCAGGGACCGUUGGAAAAUCUGUUAGAUUUCACACUUGGGCAUGGGACCAAGACACUGGGAUUUAUACCGAACUCAAAUGGAUGUAUAUAAAAGUCAAUGGAGCAUACGUUAGGUCAACGACAAGAGUCUCGAACUGGACUGUCACCUACGGUGGAAUCAAGGAUAAAGAUGUACUUGGGUUUUGUGGUACUCCAUGGCCGCUCUCCGUAGCCCUUACGCUUAUGGGUCAAGGCACUGUGCUCCAGGACAAUGCUGGGUUCUAUGGGAAAACAGAUUGACAGGGAUAAUUGCAGUUUACGGCAGUGAGGCACAUUCAACAUGUUGACUUACCGAGGGUUUCAAUUCUUAGUUUAGGAGCGUUGCUUUGCAAGUAGAGUAGUAGUUGACUUCAACAACAAUAUCUAUUCUUAUUAAACG